AUGGAAGUUUUUCGAAAGGUAUUAGAGGACUGCAAUCUGGUGGAUGUAGGUUUUACGGGUAAUUGGUUUACGUGGGAAAUAGGUAAUCUGCCAAGUACUAAUAUCCAAGAGCGAUUGGACAGGAGAGUAGCAACUGAGGAAUGGCUUGCUCUUUUUCCUGAAUUUCAACUUCAGCACCUCCCUCAUACAUUCUCAGAUCAUUGUCCAUUACUUAUAAACACAAAAAAGAGGGAUGUUGGGAGUACAUCUAGAAGUUUAAAAUUUGAAGCAUGGUGGGUUUUGGAGGAAUCGUUUCUAACUGUAGUUAAAAAUAUCUGGGCAAAUGCGACAGACGAUUUGUUGAGCAAGUUAGAAAGUGUGAAAAGGGACUUGGAGAGGUGGGCUAGACAGAUUCAAUAUAAUAGAAAAGAGAAGGAAAAGAUGUUAACCUCCAAAUUGAGCAAGCUGAUGGAAGUUGAGAGAAAUGAUGAAAAUUUGGCAGAUAUCAUUGAUACGAGAAUUCAACUCAAUUUUGAGAUUGAUAAAGAUGAGCGUUACUGGGAUCAAGGGCACGAGUCAAUUGGUUAA